AUGACCUGGUCACAAGUGUCAGCCCACCGCUGGGAGCGCCCAGGCGAUGGUCUUGAGAACUACUUUGCCCUUACCGCAUCUCUUUCUGCCGCUGCCUACGAUGGCAGGCGUCAUUACACCAUUUUCACCAAACUCCAGCUUGAGUUGGACAUGCCGGCAACUGAGGUGGAGUGCUCGUUGAAGAAGGCCUGGGUGCAGCUGCGGUAUGAACAGCCCCAGAUAGCCACAGUCCACAACGGCACGACCAAAGUCUAUGAGGUGCCCGACGACACAGCCUUGCAGGCUUGGAUUGCCUCAACCGUGAUCAUAUCUGCAGCUGCCAACGCGGAGGACCUGUACGCCAGUAUCACACCUAUUGCGCAGGCUACACUAUACUACCUCCCUGCCUCGUCUCAAUUGGUUUUACGUACCCCUCACGAUACUAUUGAUGGUAUCGGGGUCAUUCGGUUGUUGGACCGGCUGCUAAGCAUCCUAGUGUCUCCACCCGCGGAGAAGAUCACAUUCGGCGAUGAACCCUCCCGAUUGGCACCUACCCUUCGUGAAAUUCUUGGGGUGGCUGAGCAACCGACCCCCGAGGAAUCAGACAGAAUGAUGGCACUUUGGAAGCCUUACAUUGAUCAUGCUCCUGGCAUAGGGCCUGUCUCUAACCUCGGCAAUCGUCCGGCCGGCCAGUCGCAGCAUGCGAGGCUGGAUGUCCCCACACGAACCACUGAGGCCAUCAUCCAGGCCUGCAAAGCGAAAAACAUCACUGUUACUUCCGCGGUCCAUGCAGCCUACAUUGAGACGAUCAAGAAGCACGCCGAUCCCGAUCAUCCAUCGUGCCAUUAUGUCAAUACUGCACAGUUUAAUCUCCGCCCCUACCUGCCCAAACAUGGGUCGCAGUACACUGCCUCGCUUGGUUACACCUUGUUUCCCGUGCACCUGGAGUCUCCAUCUUCGUUCGGUCCCACGGCACAGGCUCUUAACCAGUUUUACCGAACGACUUUCGCCGAUGAUCCCAGUAAGCUGCCCUUGGUGCCGCAUAUGACCGACCUUCUGUUUGCUGUCACUCAGAACCCGGAGUACCAAAAGGGGCCUUUCCCAAGAGACGCAAUCCCCAGUAGCCUGGGAAUCAUUGAGAACCACAUGCGACGGUCUUACGGAACCAACAAAGUGAUCGUUCGCGAUUUCAUGCUCGGAGUCGACGUUGUGAUGGGCAUGAAUAUGUUGUCUAUCUCCACCUUCCGGGACCAACUGCAGCUUGUGUACAGCUUCAAUGACGCGUACCAUGAGCCAGAGCAUAUCUCUCAGUACCUGCAGGAAAUUGUGACGGUUCUCACAAAGGAGCUAUUAGCAAACUAA